CCGCUUGCCUCCGCAGGGGAGGAGCGGUACAUCUGCUGGUACUGCUGGAGGACCUUCAAGUACCCCAACAGCCUCAAGGCCCACGUCCACUUCCACUGCGCGCUGAGCCACGGCCGCCCCUUCCUCCACCACGACCACGCCCGGCCCGCCGCCGCCUCCUUCGGCCUCACCGCCAAGGCAGCCGCCGAGCUGCCUGCCGCGGCCCCCCGGGGCCCGGUUCCCCCCGGCUGCGGCCCGCGGGAGGCCCUCAAACGGGAGGCCGCCACCUCCCCGCCGCCUCCGGCCAAGCCGGGGCCGCCCCGUCGGGGGGGCGGCAAGGAAGAGCAGGAGCGCGCCCUGGACAUGAGCCUGGGCGCCGCCCGCGGCCUGGCCUCGGUGGGGGCGGCCGGGGGGCUGCCGUGCGGCGGCGGGGGGCUGCGGGCCCUGCCGCUGCUGUCGCCGCUGGACGAGGCGUCGGCUUUCCGGCAGGUGGAGAGGGGGCUGCCCGCCGCCGCGGCUCUGCCCCCCGGCCGCUACCCGGCGCUGCCCGGCGGCGCGCUGGAGCGCUUCGCCCUGCCGCCACCGUUCGACGGGCUGAAGGCGUACGCGGGCGAGUGCGGGCUGCCGGUGAUGCCGCUGACCGUCUACAACGGGGAGCUGCUGUACGGAGCCGCCGCGCCUUACUACCCGCUCAAGCUGCACCUCGGCGGGCUGCUCAAGUACCCCGAGGCCGUGUCGUACUUCGGGGGGCCGGCGGCGGGGCUGCACGCCGCCGAGCUGGGCUCUCUGGCCGGCAUCGACCGGGAGAUAGCCAUGCACACGCAGCAGCUCUCCGAGCUGGCGGCCGAGAAGGGGCGAGGGCGGCUGGAGGCGCUGCCUGGGGGCGCGGCGGGGGGCGCCGUCGGGAAGCCCAAAAGCGGGCACCUGUGCCUGUACUGCGGCAAGCUGUACUCCCGCAAGUACGGGCUCAAGAUCCACAUGCGGACUCACACGGGCUACAAGCCGCUCAAGUGCAAGGUGUGCCUGCGGCCCUUCGGGGACCCCAGCAACCUCAACAAGCACAUCCGCCUGCACGCCGAGGGUAACACUCCCUACCGCUGCGAGUACUGCGGCAAGGUGCUGGUGCGGCGCCGCGACCUCGAGCGGCACGUCAAGUCCCGGCACCCGGGGCAGAGCCUCGGCAAGGCGGCCGAGGACAAGAGUGACUCUAGCUACGCGCACCCCGAGCCGGAGCAAAAGACUGACAACGACAGCGACGUCGACGUCUGCUUCACCGACGACCAGAGCGACCCCGAGAGCGGCGGCGGGCACCGGCAUCAGUGA